AGCUCAGCGUCUUCCAACCGUAUUUGUGAGUCUCGGAAAUCCUAACCCUAACCUUACUUUCUCUUCGAGCUUUGAUGUUUCAUCGCCAAUGGCUUCGAUCCCGGCCACUCUCCAUCUCCCCCGUCUUCGCUCCCUUCCUCCCCUGAUUCGAAUUAGAUUCCUCAGCGUUGCGGCUUCCCCGAACUCGCAGGUUGAUUCUUUCCCUUCGAGACGAAUUCACUUGAAAAAUUUGGUAAUUAGAGCUGCGGGAGGCUCUCUUGAUUCCGGUGAUGGUAAGAAUGCUAAAGAUCCAGCUCACAAUGAGUUAGAAGGGGGUGGUGUGGAUCCGCAAAGGAUGGGUCUCUCAUUGCAUGCUACAAUCAGCACUAUUCGUGCUCCUCUUCUCCGGAUGAAAGGGAGCAGCUUUGACAUGAAGUAUGCAGUAUGGUUGUGCAUUGCAUUUGCUGCUAGUGUUGUUGUGAUUUUUGUAAGGCAGAUUGUUGUGAGGAGUCAUCGCCGUGAGCGCCAAGGUUCGGUUGCUGAUCUCAUUAGACGGGGGCAACUGCGGUCUGAUAGAAGAGGCAUCUCGAAGCCCUUAAGGUAUGAUGAUCCUUUUAACAAUCCCUUAGUUAAAGCUGGCGAGGGUGAUUCCACGAUCGAAAUGUUUGGGAAGGUUUAUCGCAUGGCACCAGUGACCCUCACUAGAGAACAACAAUCAAGCCAUCAGAAGAGGAGAUCACAAAUAUACCAAUGGAAAAGUCCAACUGUUUUUCUCAAAGAAGGUGAUGAUAUACCACCUGAUGUCGACCCUGAUAGAGUGCGAUGGAUCCCUGCCAAUCACCCUUUUGCAACAACGGUCAGUGACAUUGAUGAGAAUUUGGCUCGAGAGAAUGUAUAUCAAAAACAUGGUGCUCCAUUCCGUAUUAGAGUUGAACAUGAAGCAAUGCAAAGAAAGAUAGAUGCACUACAAAGUAGGCAAAAAUCAAGUAAGACGCCACAUGAUCCAAACAGAAGCACCCGAGAUUUUGAGAGGCAAAUCAACUCUGCUAGACCACAAGAACAGCAGGAAACCGAUCUCCCGACCAAUCAGCACCUUGAACAUCCCACCUCAGGGCGUGACUCCGAUGAGAUUACAACAACCGAUGAACUUAAAAAACUCUAGCCUGUACACUCAUACCUUUUUCACUGCCUUGUGCAGUCAUCCUUGUGCAUACGGGCAGAGCAUGGCCAUGAGUUGCGGUUUUACGUACCACAUCUUAAAACUAGAACAUAUUCAUUGUUAUGCAAUUCCAAUAGCCAAGUUGUAAAUAGAUUCAUAUGUACCCAAAGUUUUGUCAAUUUGUUGUGGAACUAGGAAAAAUGUAUGACAAAUCAUUUUCAUAUUUUCA